UGGAAACUUCCUUCAAUUCUGUCCCCAACUUACAUGGCUCCCCUAGUCUUCUAUAAGGUGGAAGACAUACAUAGAUAUUUCCAAAGUUUAAGUCGUGGCUAGCCUACGCGUAUGCACGACACUUAACCCGUCUCUAUCUCUAUUAGGGGCCGGGUUAAUAAAUUAUGCUACCGCCAACAAGAGGACGAAUUCAAUCAACCCACGAUAUAGAAAGGGGAGAAAUGACGUCGGAUCUGGAGUCUGGUAAUUGAAGAAGACAUCUAUUGUUCCGAGCCCACCAGAAGUAGUAUGACCACCUCAUAAGGUCUCGUGGCUCAGGACGAGUCUUACGCCAAAGAUGUCUCCCUUUUUUCCCUGCGGUCGCAAGAUCAAUAUUCCCAUCCAUUAGGUAUACAGGAUGGUCAGGCUCGAUAUCGUCCGAUCCGCGAACGCGGCACUUGCGAACGCGGCGACAAAGCCGUAUGUGGCUGUUGUGGCUGGCGGCACGGCGGGAAUUGGUGAGAGUGCGGUGCGGGCACUCGCCGCAACGUUCGCGGAUCGCGGGGAUCGAGAGGAUGAUGUGCUUCGCGUACAUAUUGUCGGUAGGAAUGAAGAGGCCGGACGCAAGAUCGUUGCUGAAUGCUCGGAAAUGUGCCCACAGGGGAUGUUCCGAUUUCAUAAGGGCGACAUGUCGCUUCUGAGGGAGGUCGAUCGCGUCUGCGCUGAUAUUACUCGAACCGAGCAGCAAGAGGCCAGCUCGAGAGGUGGAGUGGCGAAGAUUGACUUAUUGGUGAAUUGUCAGGGAGUCUUGUCUCUCACGACUGAAGAUACCAAGGAAGGCAUCGACAAGUACUACAGCCUGCUUUACUAUUCGCGGGCGCGCUUCGUGGAAAGACUACUUCCACUCCUGACCGCAUCUCCCGGAGCCGGUCAUGUCGUCUCGGUACUCAAUGCAAGCAUAAAGGAAGCUCUAGUACUCGACGACCUCGCGUUGCGAAACCCGAAGAACCAGAAGUUUCAGACUGCCUUCGCGCAACUAGUCAGCUUGACCAACAUCUUCUUCGAAGAAGUCGCGCGUCGCAACCCAGGCCGGAUAGCUCUUUGCCACCAAUACCCGGGCUACGUGCCUACCGACAUUGCGUCGAAGAGCAACUUCCCCUGGUGGCUCAAGUUCUUGCUAACCUACAUCGGCAACCCCUUAUUCAGGCCUUGGUGGGUACCGUUCGAAGAAUGCGGGCAGCGCAUCUUGUUCAUGGCUUCGCCAGCGAGGUUCCCGGCGCGAAGACCUGAAGAUGUAAGGGACAGCACGGAAACACCGUUGGGAAGCGUGGACGGCGUUGAGCCGGCCGAGGGCGUGGAUGGAGACGUCGGAAGCGGGGCGUAUAGGGUGAAUAAGGACGGCGACACGUUUCCUCAGGGAAAAGAAUAUGGCAAGGUUCGCGAGAAUGGAACUGCGGAGAAGGUCUAUCAGCAUACUAUGGCCGUAUUCGCAGAGAUCGAGGCCGGUGGAGUGUUCAAAGGCUGAACUUGGUUCGCACAUGUAUUUACAUAGUAUUAACAUAGUACAUUUCUUGAAAUGUAAGUCGCUCGUAGGAACCAACUGUUAUCCAUCGCUUUGGCGACUAUAGC